AUGCCACCAAAAGCUCCUCCUGUUCCUGACUUUAAUCGUAUAGCAAAAGAAGUUCGUAAUCGACUCAAUAAAGCUGGAGGAUUGGGCCAUUUGGUCGGACUUUCUGCCAUUAUUGGCUUGUCCGGUGCCGCUGCCUAUGGUUUAUAUCUGUCUCUGUAUUUUGUGCAAGGUGGAUUUCGUGCAGUUAAAUUCAACUGCAUUACCGGACUUUGCGAUAGGACUUAUGACGAGGGGGCUAACUUGGUGAUACCCUAUAUCGAAACUCCUGUUAUAUUUGACAUCCGAAACAAACCUCUGGAGGUGCCAACUUCUAGUGGAAGCCGAGACUUGCAGACUGUGAACAUGGCUGUUCGUGUGCUGUACAGACCUAAUGCGGAUAAUUUGCACCAUCUCUAUCGAAAAAUCGGCGUUAACUACGCCGAGACAGUGCUUCCAUCGUUAAUCAACGAAAUUAUUCGUGCGGUAAUUGCGCAGUUCAAUGCCUCUGAUUUGCUGGCUAAGCGUCCAGAGGUAAGCCAUCGUAUUGGUGUGAUGCUUGCUGAACGUGCUAAGCGUUUUCACAUUGAUAUUACUGAUGUUUCGAUUACACAAAUGAGUUUUGGCAAGGAAUACACCAACGCUGUGGAGGCAAAGCAGGUCGCUCAGCAGAUGGCGGAGCGCGCCAAGUUCAAGGUGGAGCAGGCCGAACAGGAAAAACAGGCUGCCGUUUUGCUCGCACAAGGUGAGGCCGAGGCUGCCCGUUUGAUCGGUAAUGCACUAAAGAAAAAUCCAGCCUUUAUUGAACUUCGUGGAUUGGAGGCGGCCCGCACCAUUGCAAAGACGUUGAGGGAUUCUGGAAAUGGCCGAUACUUCUUGGACAGUAAUUCCCUCUACCUGAAUUUAAGGGAUCAAAUGGGCUUUAUCAACCGGUAA